AUGGCAGCACAACCACCAAAGGAGUUCGAUGUCAAUGAGAAGAACGCCUGGGACUCGAGUUCGGGCUCAUUGACUCAUGCUGUCGAGCGAGGAACCACACAUCAGCUGUCUAGACAGCUCAAGUCUAGACAUUUGCAGAUGAUUGCCAUUGGUGGUACUAUUGGUACCGGAUUGUUCAUUGGAUCAGGAACAGCUCUCGCCAACGCAGGCCCCGCCGGAGCUCUCAUUGCCUAUGCAUUCGUUGGCACGUUGGUCUACUCUGUUAUGGUGUCCCUUGGAGAGAUGUGUGCAUUCCUCCCUGUCACUGGAGCUUUCACCGCAUACGCCAGCCGUUUCGUCGACCCUUCGCUCGGUUUUUCUAUGGGCUGGAUCUAUUGGUGGGCCUGGGCUUCAUGUUACGCUCUCGAACUCACUGCGAGUGGUAUCAUUAUCCAAUACUGGCGACCCGAUUUGAGUCAAGCCAUCUUCAUCGGCUGCUUCUGGAUUGUCAUCACCGCCGCCAACUUCAUGCCAGUCAAGUUCUACGGAGAGAUUGAGUUCUACUUCGCUUUGAUCAAGGUCAUUACCGUCCUCGGGUUCAUGAUCUUCGCUAUCUGCAUCGAUGCCGGAGCCGGUCAACACGGAUACCUUGGUUUCGAAACGUGGAGACAUCCAGGUGCCUUUGCACCGUACCUCGUCGAUGGUGGCAGAAGCACCGCUCUGGCCAAGUUCGUCGGUUUCUGGAGUGUUUUGAUCCAAGCUGGUUUCUCGUACUCUGGAACCGAGUUGGUUGCAGUCGCGGCCGGAGAGACAUACAACCCUCGCAAGACUAUUCCUGCUGCAAUCCGUAAGACUUUCUUCCGCAUCAUCUUCUUCUUCGUCUUCACCAUCUUUUUCAUUGGUCUCUUGGUCCCCUACGACAACGAGCAAUUGCGUGCUGGUGGUAGUGAUGCCACUGCUUCGCCUCUGGUCAUCGCAGCUAAGCUUGCUGGUGUCAAGACUCUCCCAGGCUUAAUCAACGCUGUUUUGCUCUGCACUGUGUUGAGUGCUGCCAACUCGAACGUCUACUCUGCAUCUAGAAUUCUCGUUGGACUUGCUGGAGAAGGCUUCGCUCCCAAGUUGUUCCUGGUCACCAAGGGUCAGGUGCCUGUUUACGCCAUUGGAUUUACUUCGCUCUUUGGUCUCCUCGGCUUCAUGAAUGUCUCUUCCGGAGGUAGUGUUGCUUUCAACUGGCUCAUUCAGAUUUCUGGUGUUGCGGGCUUCAUCGCUUGGGCAUGUAUCCUGCUUUCUCACCUGUGCUUUAUGAGAAUCCUCAGAGCAAAGGGCAUUUCCAGAGAUAGUUUGCCUUACAAGGCUAUGCUCCAGCCAUGGUUCACCUACUACGGACUCUUCUUCUGGGUGUUGAUCAUCUUCACGCAAGGAUUCACCGCUUUCAUCCCUUGGAGCACGUCAGGCUUUUUCAUCGCAUAUAUCAGUUUGAUUCUGUUCGUUGUACUGUACAUUGGCCACAAGGCGAUCGUCAGACCGAGAUUUGUCAGACCCGCCGAGGCCGAUAUCGAUUCGGGGAGAAAGGAGAUUGAUGAGCAAGUCUUCGAUGAGCCUGUGCCGACGACUAUCCUGGGCAAGUUUUGGGCUUGGAUGUCGUGA